AUGUCCAAUGAACGUCGCGAGAGAAGGCCCUCUGUCGGAGCCCCGAUGCCCCUCCAAGGCCCUGUCGGCCCUGGCUUCAGCCGGCCGAAGCACAAGCGCACCUACACCGGUUUUGGACCUGCAGAAAUUAAGAGCGUCGAGGCCAGUAUUCCAGAGCCAUUGAGAGAAGCAUGGAAAAAGCAUUCUGCUACGGGUUUCACGAACAAGGAUGAGUUUGAGAAAGAACUGGUCCGUCAUGUGGAAACCACACUCGCGCGGUCGCUGUACAAUUGCGAUGAAUUGGCCGCGUAUUCGGGCACUGCGCUCGCUUUCAGAGAUCGUUUGAUUAUUGACUGGAAUAAGACGCAGCAGCGUCAAUCUUUCGCCGACCAGAAGAGGGUCUAUUACCUUUCUCUUGAAUUUCUCAUGGGCAGAGCAUUAGACAAUGCGAUGCUUAAUGUCGGGAUGAAGGAUGCUGCCCGGGAUGGGUUGAAGGAUCUCGGUUUUCGAAUUGAGGACGUCAUCAACCAGGAGCAUGAUGCCGCUCUGGGAAAUGGAGGCUUGGGGCGUCUGGCCGCGUGCUUCCUUGAUAGUAUGGCGACACUGAACUAUCCAGCCUGGGGCUACGGAUUGCGGUACAGAUACGGUAUCUUCAAACAGGAGAUUGUGGAUGGCUAUCAGGUCGAGAUUCCUGACUACUGGCUCGAUUUCAACCCCUGGGAAUUCCCCGGCACGAUAUCACUGUUGAUAUCCAAUUCUAUGGACGGUGAAGCCGUUCAAGCUGUGGCCUAUGAUGUCCCGAUCCCAGGAUAUGGGACUCGCACGACGAACAACCUCCGACUGUGGUCGAGCAAGGCAGCCAGUGGCGAGUUCGAUUUCCAGAAGUUCAAUGCCGGUGACUACGAGAGUGCAGUCGCGGACCAACAGCGUGCAGAGACUAUCUCAGCCGUGCUUUAUCCCAACGACAACCUCGAGAGAGGAAAAGAGCUGAGACUGAAGCAGCAGUACUUCUGGUGCGCUGCCUCGCUCUAUGACAUUGUCCGGAGGUUCAAGAAGGCAAAGAGAGCAUGGAGCAAGUUCCCAGAGCAGGUUGCAAUCCAGCUCAAUGACACCCACCCUACGCUUGCUAUCGUUGAGUUGCAGCGCAUACUGAUAGAUCAGGAGGGUCUCGAGUGGGACGAAGCGUGGACAAUAGUAACCAAGACCUUUGGCUACACAAACCAUACUGUCCUGCCGGAAGCGUUGGAGAAAUGGUCUGUGCCUCUGAUGCAGAACCUACUGCCCAGACACCUCGAGAUUAUCUACGACAUCAACCUGUUCUUUUUGCAGUCCGUGGAAAAGAGGUUUCCCAACGAUAGGGAAAUGCUGUCCCGCGUAUCCAUUAUCGAGGAAUCACACCCCAAGAUGGUCAGAAUGGCACACAUUGCCAUCAUCGGAUCGCACAAGGUCAACGGUGUUGCUGAACUGCACUCGGACUUAAUCAAGACGACAAUCUUCAAAGACUUUGUGAAAAUCUAUGGACCAGACAAAUUCACCAACGUCACCAACGGAAUCACUCCUCGACGCUGGCUCCACCAGGCCAAUCCGCGCCUAUCCGACUUGAUUGCUUCGAAGCUUGGGGGCUACGACUUUUUGAAAGACCUGACACUUCUCGAUCAGCUCGAAGCUUAUGUCGACGACAAGGCCUUCCGAUCAGAAUGGGCAGAGAUCAAGACUGCCAACAAGCUGCGACUCGCUAAGCAUAUCAAAGACACCACGGGCUACAGCGUGAAUCCGAAUGCACUGUUCGACGUCCAAGUAAAGCGGAUCCAUGAGUACAAGCGCCAGCAGCUCAAUAUAUUCGGUGUCAUCCAUCGCUAUUUGACCAUCAAAGCCAUGUCGAAGGAGGAGAGAGAGAAACUCGUGCCCCGAGUGUCUAUCUUUGGCGGGAAGGCUGCACCAGGUUACUGGAUGGCUAAGACGAUUAUCCACCUGAUUAACAAAGUUGCGGCAGUUGUGAACAAUGAUGCCGAUGUCGGUGAUCUACUGAAAGUCAUCUUCAUUGAAGAUUACAACGUCAGCAAGGCAGAAAUCAUCUGUCCGGCAUCAGACAUUAGUGAACAUAUCUCCACUGCAGGCACAGAAGCCAGCGGGACCAGUAACAUGAAGUUUGUUCUCAACGGGGGUUUGAUCAUCGGAACCUGUGAUGGAGCUAAUAUCGAGAUUACGCGUGAGAUUGGGGAGCAGAAUAUCUUCUUGUUCGGGACAUUGGCGGAGGAUGUCGAGGAGCUCCGUCAUCGCCACUUCUAUGGCGAGUUCCAGCUCGAUCCUCACCUGUCCAAGGUCUUCGAGGCGAUCCGCAGCGAUAUGUUUGGUGACGCCAGCAACUUCUCUGCGCUCAUGUCCGCAAUUGCCGAACACGGCGACUAUUAUCUGGUCUCUGACGAUUUCAAUUCAUACAUCACAACGCAGGAGAUUGUGGAUGAAGCGUUCAAGAACCAAGAUGAAUGGAUAGCUAAGUCUAUCACUAGCGUGGCGCGGAUGGGAUUCUUCUCUACUGAUCGGGUGAUCAGUGAGUAUGCGGACAGUAUCUGGAACAUUGAGCCUUUGGAAGUCAGAGAUGAUUAA